AGUCUCGGGCGGCGGCGUCCGGCGCGCGGGCGGCCUGCUGGGCGGGCUGAGGGGCUAGCGGUGCGCGGGUGAGCUGAGGGACGGAGCCGACGAGCUACCGCGGCGACAGGUUUCUAUAAAAGAAAAUGACUACUGAUGAAGGUGCCAAGAACCAUGGAGAAAGCCCUGCAGCAGCUGUUGCUGAACAGGGAGAGGAUAUCACCUCUAAAAAAGACAGAGGUGUGUUAAAGAUUGUCAAAAGAGUGGGGAAUAGUGAGGAAUCACCAAUGAUUGGAGACAAGGUUUAUGUCCAUUACAAUGGAAAAUUGUCAAAUGGAAAGAAGUUUGAUUCCAGUCAUGAUAGAAAUGAGCCAUUUGUCUUUAGUCUUGGCAAAGGCCAAGUCAUCAAGGCAUGGGACAUCGGGGUGGCCAGCAUGAAGAAAGGCGAGAUCUGCCACUUACUGUGCACACCAGAAUAUGCAUACGGAUCGGCUGGCAGUCUCCCCAAAAUUCCCUCGAAUGCAACUCUCUUUUUUGAGAUUGAACUCCUUGAUUUCAAAGGAGAAGAUUUAUUUGAAGAUGGCGGCAUUAUCCGGAGAAUCAAACGGAAAGGAGAAGGAUACUCAAACCCCAACGAAGGCGCAACAGUAGAAAUCCACCUGGAAGGCUGCUAUGGUGGGAAGAUGUUUGAUUGCAGAGAUGUGGUUUUUGUUGUUGGCGAAGGAGAAGACCAUGACAUUCCAAUCGGAAUUGACAAAGCCCUGGAGAAAAUGCAACGGGAAGAACAAUGUAUUUUAUUUCUUGGACCACGAUAUGGUUUUGGAGAGGCAGGGAAGCCUAAAUUUGGCAUUGAACCUAAUGCUGAGCUUAUAUAUGAAGUUACACUUAAGAGCUUCGAAAAGGCCAAAGAAUCCUGGGAGAUGGAUACCAAAGAAAAAUUGGAGCAGGCUGCCAUUGUCAAAGAGAAGGGAACUGUGUACUUCAAGGGAGGCAAGUACCUGCAAGCUGUAAUUCAGUACGGGAAGAUAGUAUCCUGGUUAGAGAUGGAAUAUGGCCUAUCAGAAAAGGAAUCGAAAGCCUCUGAGUCGUUUCUGCUCGCCGCCUUCCUGAACCUGGCCAUGUGCUACCUGAAGCUUCGAGAAUACACCAAAGCUGUGGAGUGCUGUGACAAGGCCCUUGGACUGGACAGUGCCAAUGAGAAGGGCCUGUACCGGAGAGGGGAAGCCCAGCUGCUCAUGAAUGAGUUUGAGUCAGCCAAGGGCGACUUUGAGAAGGUGCUAGAAGUAAAUCCCCAGAACAAGGCUGCGAGACUGCAGAUCUCCAUGUGCCAGAAAAAAGCAAAGGAGCACAACGAGCGGGACCGCAGGAUAUACGCCAACAUGUUCAAGAAGUUCGCAGAGCAGGAUGCAAAGGAAGAAGCCAGUAAAGCCAUGGGCAAGAAGACUGCAGAAGGGAUCGCCAAUGAAAAAGAAAGUCAAACAAUGGAAGAGAAAGCGGGAGGCCGAGUAUGACCCCACGCCUAGGAGGGAAGAGCCCUAACUCGGCCCCUCCUCCAUGGGCGUUCACCCAACUCAGGACUAAAUGCUGUUUAAUGUCAACUUUGUUAUAGUCUAUGUGAUUCUGGAAGCAAAUGGUAAAAUGAGUAGCUUCCAAAAAAAAAAAACCCACCACCCUGCUGCUGCCCGGUGCCCGCGCUGAGGGGUGGCGUGGGACCACUCCAGAGACAGAACCCACAUGGCUGUGAGGUGGGAGAGUGAGCCAGUGUCCAGGUCCUGCUCACCCAAGCUCCUGUGGGCUCUCCAUAUCCCUUUCAGGUUGCUUGAGAUAUUCUAACAAUUGGAGGUCAUUGUGCAGGUUUUGCAUUUGAUUGAACCUUGAUAGCAUAGCAGGACAGAAACCUGACUAAACACUUUAAUGAAUUUCUCCUGCCCUAUAGUUGGUCUGAGGAGAGGAGGAUGUUUUGUUUUUUAAACGACUGAAGUUCUAGGAAUGCAACCUAUUGCAUUUUUAACCAACAGAACCCACAGUAGAAAGGUGUGGUAUCCCUUCGGGCCCACAGCAGCGUCACAGACUUGAAAGCCAGAACCUCAGGGCCACUUGCUUGCUGACUUAGCGCCCCGUUGUGAGUGCAUUCCGCCUCCACCCAGCCUGACCCAGGAGGAGGAACGCUGUCAUUCCUGAAACACUCUUCAGCAACGAUAAUGAGCAGGGGGUUUCUGGGUUAGCUUUCCCUGUUCUGGAUGAAACUCUGAGAUGCUGAAAUGAUGUGAGAAAAGCAAUCCAAAUUGUGCUUUUUCCCCUCCUGUCAUGCGUUAGCACAGGACUGCCUGCUGGCGCUGCUCCUCUCCAGUUUCAUGCCCCACUCUAACCCUCGCUAAUAAGAACUUAGCCCUGUGAUAUCUCUGACCUGGAGUGGACUUACCUACAUGUCCAUUUAAAAUCAAUGCAGCUUUCUUUUUUUUUUUUUUUUUAAUUUGGUCAUCUUUUUAAAAGUACUGGCCCAUAGCAUAUAAAGUGGUUUAUGGAACUUUCUUGACACUCCUAUCAUGCAAAACAAAAAUUGAACUUUUAACUACUAAGUAGCUUAAUUUUCAAAAACAAAAUCUUUGAGGUUGAGAAAAAUAAAUAGUUCAUCUUCACCAUAAGGGUUUCACCUGGAAGUCUGACACAUACUAGUCUUCUUUCCCUGCACUCAUAGCUUCUUCGUUCUGAUUGAGUUAUGUUACAAGAAUUGAGACACCUUCCUGCACAGGUACAGCUAACCUAAGAACUCCAGUACUUGGCAUUGGAUUAGGGAAAGUCUUAAAUACAUAGGUGUAGUUGAACUCUAGUUUCUUACGGGUAAAUAAGAUUAAGCCUGGCUCUCUGGUCCCACCGCCUAAGAAAUACUCAAGGGGGUGCCUUUGGAAACCCAAGGAAACGUUUGCUUCAUCCUGGAACAUCUCACUUUUUUAAAUCCUAAAGAACACUGGCAAUUAUAUUUUAGAUUAGUCUAUUUUUAGGGUGGUUUUAACAUAACACUUUCAUUGUUAGGUUAGGGCCCACAUUAAAACCUAAAAAUAUAGUCCAUUUCCUUUUAUAGCAGUUUUCUCUUCCAUGAAACCAAUGGAAUUCAGUUGUUUCUUCUACAAUGAUAACUAAAAUCCUUUUAAUAUCCUUAUUUACACUUUUGUCUUUUUCAUGAGAUUUCUAAAAGCCCCAGUCUUGCCUCAGAGAUAUGAAAAGCAAAAGUUGAUUUUGUUUACUUAACUGUUUAGUAUUUGUGGUUCAGCUGACUGGCGCAUAAUUCCAUGGAGACGAAGACUUUGAUUUGGUCCUAAAAAAGGCUAGUUAGCUUUUCUGUAGAUAAUAAAACUAUCCCCAAAACAAGAUGAUCCCCGAAACUAUGUCCCAAUGUGUGUUGUGGGUUGUGGUGGGGGUACAGGCAAGAAUGUGUGAAGGGGGGAGGAUGUGAAAGUGGCUCUGAGCAAAGGAUCAUGAGGUCCCCAUCAUCACUCAAGAAAGAACUUCAUGUGCUCCUACAUCAAAUUCAGUAAUCUUCAACAGUUUGUCUAAAAUCAGCAGAUGUCUUGUGAACCAUACUGUAGACGGCACGAGAGGUGAGGCAGCAUAUGAAUGAAUUAAAAACAAAGUCUUAUUUUUUAAUUCCAGAUGCACUUUUCUUGUGUUCCUUAAAUAAAUUUAAAAAACAAAAACAUGAUUUUCCAUUGUUCUUGGCUUUGCUUAAUAGUCUUCAGGAGUAUUUAAGGUUGUUUUGGUUGGAAGACUAUGGUGGAGAUCAUAUUGAAGAAAUGAGACACCAGAAAAUUGGCAAGAGAUGCUUUUAUCCAGCUCAUGACUCAUGCACCCUGAGAAAUCGGCACUGACUGAAGGUAGUGGACAAGCCACCUUUGUUCAAGUGAACCACAUAAUCAGAAAAACAAGAGGAUUUUGUUUUUCAUUAACCAAUGAACUGUUUGCCAUUUUAAUUCAUUGUGAGGUGGGUUCAAUUUGGGGAACGAAAAAAUUUAAGUGUGCCAUUUAAUAAACAUGCGAAAUAGAA